AUGAUUAACACUACUGUACUUUCACAAAAAACCACCACUAUUAGUACAGAAAUUUGUUCUCACUCUGAAUGCACUCCCACCGUUAUUACAAGCGUUUUUACUUCUAAAGUUAUACCUUCUACCGAGUUCCCCUCCUCAACGCAAUCGUCUCUACAGACAAAAAGGGUAGAUACAACGUCAACAUCCCAUAAAACUAUAAUUUUAAGUACCGAAAUUUGCUCCAAUUCAAUCUGUACACCAACAGUGCUUACAUCUGUUCAAAAAGGAAGUAUUCCCUCAUCAUCUGUAUCAUCGCCAACAAGUCUAUCAUUAAUCUCUACCAAGGAGACUUCUUCCUUGGAAGACUUCUCAUCAAAGCUUACUUCACUCCCUAGUUGGCAAACUUUAUCUUCAAUGUCCACAACUCUGGAAAAAAACUCUAAGACAUAUACCUCUCAAAUAUCCAGCGCUGUGAAAACAAGUCCUUUAAAUUCCCGUUCCUCUGAUGUUACAUCUAAAAACGAAGAGUCAGGAAAUACCAUUUCAUUAUCCAGUACUGCUUUAAGUUCUUUUGUUCCUUCUUCUUCGACAUCUGUCCAAUAUACAGUGUCUACCGCCACUACUACAAUUAACGGUGUGAAGACUGUGUACACGACUUGGUGUCCAUUGACGAGUAAAUCUUCAAUAGCCGCAACCACUCAACCCUCUUGUAGUGGUGUCAAUUGCGGUUUCUCGGCAAAAACGUCUGAAUCUUCUUCGACAUCCAUUCAAUAUACGCUAUCUACUGCUACUACAACCAUUAGUGGCGUGAAGACUGUUUAUACGACCUGGUGUCCAUUGACAGGUAAGUCCACCGUAGCUGCUGUCACACAAUCUUCAUGUUCUGGUGGGGACUGUGGGCAAUCUAUUUCAACCACCGUAACUAUAAGCUCUUCAGUUACUACAUCUACAACCACUGCAACACCCAGAUCUACUUUGAGACCUUCAUCUAGUAAAAAUAAGGAAAAUACAUGCUCUGGUAAUAACUGUAAACAAACUGAAUCAACUUCAUCAACUUCAUCAACUUCAUCAACUUCAUCAACUUCAUCAACCUCGUCAGCCUCUAAACCAACCUCAACAACAUCCACUUCUACAUCAACAUCCACUUCGCCAUCAUCAACAACACCCGCUUCUACACUAUCAUUAAGUUCUACUUCAUUGUCUACUUCUAUUUCAACAUCUGUGUCAUCAUCUGUGCCAUCAUCCAUUACAUCACCAUUUACUCCUACAUCCUUAUCCACAAUUGGGUCACCAUCAUCGUCGUCUGCUUUUACAUCAUCAUCGUCAUCAUUGACUUCUAUUUCACCGUUUUCAUCAUCCAUUCCUCUUUCAUCACCAUCAUCGGUUUCUACCUCUUUAACCAUCAGCUCUGUUGUUACUUCGCAACCAACUACUCUCACUGCCACACAAACAUGCACGGAAUCGCAAUGUCAGCCGGAAACAUCUAGCGUUUGCAGUGGCUUCAACUGUAACCAGUUAUCAUCUACAAUGAAAACGGCUACCAUCUCUUCUUCAACCACGGUCGCUGACACAAUAACGUGUACUGAAUCUAAAUGCCAGGCAACCAAAUCUAGCAGCUGCGUGGGUUCUUCAUGCAAAGCAUCCGAAAGUCAUGAAACAAGUGCAACGUCUUCGGUAUGUAGCGGAGAAGGGUGCUACUCUUCCACUACAACCGAGCUUCGUUCUCAGUACAUCACAAUGACCUCUGUCGUUACUCCCAGCGCUGUAACCAAAACAUCAAUGAAAGUGCAUUCAACUGAAUCGACCGUAUCAAUCACUACUAUUAAGCCAGUCACAUAUACAUCAAGCGGUACCAAGGGUCAAUUGGUUACUAUAACAAGUUCCAGCCAAACUGUGAUUCCAUCAGUAACUACAAUAAUAACAAGUACAAGAGUGGCUAUCGUAUCGACUCCAAAGCUAACAACCGUAACAUAUACUACCAAACAAGCUUCCUCGAGCGGAAUGGCCACUUCUCCAGUUGCCGCUGCAUCAUCCACUUGGAUUACAACCCCUAUUGUCAGUACGUAUGCUGGUUCUGCGUCAAGAACUUCCUUCGGUAAGUUCUUCAUUACAAUGCUAAUGGCGGCUUGUUUUAUUUAG